AUGAUCAAAUUCUUACCACACAUAUUUGCUAUCAUUUUUACUGUUGAGUUCCUAAUGGGAAAUUUAGGAAAUGGAUUCAUAAUCCUGGUGAACAGCAUGGACCUAAUCAAGAGAAGAAAGAUCUCUGUAGCUGAUCACCUGCUCACUGCUUUGGCAAUCUCCAGGACUGGUCUGCUCUGGUUAUUAUUCACAAGAUGGUGGACGUAUGUGUUUUAUCCAACUUUCUGGAUGAAUACAAUAAAGGUAAAAGUCAUAUACAUUAUUUGGAUUGUGACUUGUCAUUUUAGCAUGUGGCUUGCCACAUGCCUCAGCAUCUUUUAUUGUCUCAAGGUAGCCAAUUUUUCCAAUUGUAUUUUUCUUUAUUUUAAGUGGAGAGUUAAAAAGGUAGUUUCAUUAACAUUGCUGGUGUCUCUUGUUUUCUUGUUUUUACAACUUUUUCAGUCAAAUAGACACAUGGAUGUCCUUCUUGAUGAGAGUAAAAGAAACAUAUCUUACAGCUCCAGUUUAUGUGACUUUCCUGAACUUUCAAAACUUCUUUUAUUCAGCAGCACUUUGUUCACAUUCACAGCCUUUGCUCUGUCUCUGACAACUUUUCUCCUCCUCAUCUUCUCCCUGUGGAAACAUCUGAAGAGGAUGAAGCACAGUGUCAGAGGGUCCGGAGAUGCUGGCACCACAGUCCACAUAAAGGCCUUGCCAUCUGUGGUUGUCUUUCUCCUACUGUACACAAUUUUCUUUCUGUCGAUUUUUAUACAGUUUUGGAGAUUUGAGUUUCCAAGCAUUCUCCAUUUUCUCUUUAGUCAGAUUGCUGAAAUUUCUUUUCCUUCAGUCCACUCAUUUGUCCUACUCCUGGCAAACAGUAAGCUGAAACAGGCUUAUCUUCUAAUGUUGAGGUGGCUGAGGUGUUGGUCCAAAGAUGUUAAUUCUUCAAGUGUAUAG